CAUCACUCCGUCACCCCACGUUCUCAUCCAUCCCCCAUCAUGUCAGAAACUAGUCCUCUUCGUCCCGCACAACGCGAAGAAUUUGAACAAUUAAAGACGGCCGAAGACGAAGCGGUUGACGCAGACAACGCUACAGAAGAAAAGACAGAUACUGCGACCCCAGAACCCGCGGAAGGUGGCAGAUAUGUAUCUGAAGCUGAAGAUGUUCAAACUCGUCAUAAGUCCACAGAUAUGAGCGACGAGGAUCGCAAGGAGGCAGGAGAGCUUGAAGAGAACGUUAAAAAUGACCGUGACGGCGACGACGAACCGCAACCGCCUCAUUUUCCCAGACGUGCGCCGGUAACUCCCAAUUCCUCUGGCAGUAAUAAGCCUUUCAAGCCUGUUAAACUAGUCAAAUCCGGAAAAUAACGCGCUUCUGCAUGUUCUGAGCUCACCGGGGUUUGUUGUAUGGGAAAUAUUUGCUUUACUUUACUACUGCUUUCAUGUUUUCGCGUUAUUGGAGCAAUUUUAC